UUUUGCUAUUGUCUAUGUUGUUUUUAAAGAAUACGUUGUAAAACGACAUUUCACUAUAGCUUAAUCAUUACGUCGCUAGAUGGGUGUCUAUUCCUGCUACGUGUGUCUUUAUGUAGACGUUUGACCAUCUGUUUCUAUAAUCAAUCCUUCAAACUGAGCAUUUCGAUUGGAGAAUCACGAUCAUCCAUUCUUACUAUUCCCGUAUCGAAAAUUUUCCAAGUUGACAUUGAAUGGCGACUGAACAAAGUAAUUUGUUUGAUCUUACUAAUGCAACGUUUAGUAAGAAAAAUGAAAAUCAUAAAAAAAUGUUCCACCACGAAUAUGAGAAGCGGCUGUUGAAGUCGAGCAACGAGAGCCAUACGAAUAAUCUGGCAGGUCCCGGAUUACAUUCAUCAGCAUAUUUCUCGCCGACUAAAAUGAUGAAUAAUAGUUUCGAUCGAUUUAUACCAACAAGAUCCGGUAAUAAUUGGCAAACAACUUUUUCAAUGAUAUCUGAAAACAAUCGAAACGGCAUGGUUACAAAAAAAGCUCGCGAAAAUGGAGAAGGUAGCCGUGACGGUAUUGCUUAUUCAUGCCUUCUGAAGAAUGAACUGCUCGGAGCAAGCAUAGAAGAUGUAAAAGGACAGUGUGAAGAGCGAAGAGUACUAUCACCAUUGGUUACCAAGAAUCUCUUCAAGUAUACAACACCUACGAAAGAUCAUACACUACUUGAUCAAAGUUCACCGUAUUCUUUGUCACCGUUGAGUGCCAAAAGUCAAAAAAUUCUAAGGUCACCAAGGAAAGCAACAAGAAAGAUUUCAAGAAUACCGUUCAAAGUACUCGAUGCACCAGAAUUACAGGAUGACUUUUAUUUAAAUCUUGUCGAUUGGUCUUCACAAAAUGUUCUUAGUGUUGGGUUGGGUAGCUGUGUCUACUUAUGGUCUGCUUGCACCAGCCAAGUGACCAGACUAUGUGAUUUAUCCAGUGAUGGCAACAGUGUAACAUCAGUUGCUUGGAAUGAAAGAGGGAACUUAGUUGCAGUCGGGACACAUCUAGGCUAUAUUCAAGUGUGGGAUGUAGCUGUGAGUAAACAAGUAAGCAAGCUACAAGGACAUAGCGCGAGAGUUGGAGCAUUAGCUUGGAAUGGAGAAGUUUUAUCAUCUGGUAGCAGAGAUAGGUUAAUAUUGCAAAGAGAUGUUAGAACUCCUUGUGUUGUCAGUGAAAGACGUUUAGGAGCUCAUAGACAAGAAGUUUGUGGACUUAAAUGGUCUCCAGAUAAUCAAUAUUUAGCUUCUGGUGGUAAUGACAAUCGUCUUUAUGUGUGGAACUUACAUUCCCUUUCACCGAUACAAACUUAUACAGAACAUUUGGCAGCUGUUAAAGCUAUUGCAUGGUCUCCACAUCACCAUGGUCUUUUGGCCUCUGGUGGUGGUACAGCAGAUAGAUGUAUCAGAUUUUGGAACACAUUGACUGGUCAACCAAUGCAAUGCGUUGACACCGGUUCCCAAGUUUGUAAUUUAGCAUGGAGUAAGCAUAGUUCAGAACUAGUCAGUACACACGGCUAUUCUCAAAAUCAAAUUUUGGUUUGGAAGUAUCCAAGUUUAACACAAGUUGCGAAAUUAACAGGACAUUCUUAUAGGGUUUUAUAUUUAGCCAUGUCACCAGAUGGUGAAGCUAUUGUAACUGGUGCUGGUGAUGAAACUUUGCGUUUUUGGAAUGUGUUCAGUAAAACACACAGUCAAAAAGAAAAUAAGUCUGUACUGAAUCUCUUUACUAGUAUUCGAUAGAUUCAUAUAAAAAAAAAUAAUUAAUUUCAUGUAUAAUAUAUACAUACACACACGCGCGCGCGCAUGUGUGCAAACACAAAAUUGCACGAAUAUAGUAUUCUAAAAAAUUAUAAUGUGUACAACAUAGCUAUAAUAAUUUACAAAUAAGAAUAGAUUGUUGACACAUGUAGAUUAAGUUUAUACAUGCACAGCUUACAAUUAAUGGAAUCUUAUGUGCAAUAAGUUACUACUUGUAGAAAUCAAAUAUGCCCUUAUAAGGAAAUCUAAAGGCAAUGUCAUUUUUAUAUAUUUUUUAUAUAAAUAUUUUUAUAUACAAUGCAUUAAAAUUUCUUAAAUAAUUAUAAAACUUAAUAGAGUGUCUGAUCAAUGCAGUAUCUAUUUCUUAUAUGAAACGUAUAUCUUUUUAUAUUUUAUUUUAUUUUUUUUAAUAUAUCAUAUUAUUUCAAUUAUAAAAUUUACUGAUUUCACAUUUGUAUUUUCUUUAUUGCAACAAAAUUUAAAAUAUAUUGCAUAUUCAAUAGAUUACUUUAACAUACUAUUUAUCACAACAUUUAAUUCAAAGAAAAGUCUAAGAUUACAUAAAAUUUCAAAAAAAUAUAUUGGCAUUACAUAUUAAUGUUAUUUUGAUGUGCAAAACACAAUGCUGCAUAUAGGCUGCUUUGGAGUAUCUUUCACUCUGUCUCCAAUCACUAUAUUCAUCUAGCUAAUGCUAUUUAUGUAUGUAGGUGCCAUAUAAAAAUACAAUACAGUGUAUUCUGAUGUGCAAAGCCACAUAAAAGGAUUCACUCAUAGAUGUCACUAAUAUGAUUCCUUUCAAGGGCGUAUUAUUAUAUUUCUGUAAGACUUGGAAACAUUUAGUCCUUAACCAUUUGUAGGUUCAUUAAAUUUUGAAAUGAUUAUACAAAUCCACAAAGACUACUUCUUUAAGUCUUGCAAUCUUAUUAAAA